AUCAUUUGUUUGAUUUGGACCCAUUUCAUAAUUUCUUUUCGUGCUGCUUAUAUGGAUUUAAGUCAAGGUGAGGGUUUUGUUUAGAGAUGGGAAAGGGUUCGAGGAGCAUUGCGGGCAGGUCAGCAUCAUACCAGAUCUUCAAGGAUAGGGCUAAGAAUAGGGUAGAUGAUCUGCAAGGGAUGCUCACUGACAUGCAGUCCCUUAGGAAGGAGAGCCGUACUAUUCAGGUGGCGGUUCUUGAGGAGCAGCUUAAUCAGAUGCUCCGUGAAUGGAAGGCGGAGCUGAAUGAGCCUUCUCCAGCUUCCUCUUUGCAGGGAGGGAGUCUGGGGUUUAACACAUCAGACCUUUGUAGGCUGGUACACAUUGGUGAGGAGGAAGAUGAUGCCAUCAGUGCUUUAGCUGAACCCAAGCAUGAACCUGAUGCACAAAAGCUUGAUGCUGCUGGUUAUCAAGAGGGUUUCAAUGCUACUCAAAUAAUUCAAGGACAACAAUUCCAGCUGGUUGAUCAAUGCAAGAACAAUACCGCAAGUGUCAACAGUGUCCGAAUCGACAAUAUGGGCAUUCCAGCAGAGUUAGAUUAUCAAUCAUUUGAAUUUCGUCAGCAAUAUGGGCAGCGCUACUUUACUGGCUUCGAUGCUGUGACCCUUUGCCUAGAGGGUGCCCUGCCCUUAGUUCAUGUUAGCCCUCCACCUUCUGCCUUUUUGGGGCCAAAGUGUGCCCUCUGGGAUUGCCCGAGACCUGCAAUGGCGUCAGACUGGUGUCAGAAGUCCCAGGACUACUGCAGUGACUACCACGCUUCCCUUGCUCCAAACGAAGGGUACCCUGGACAUCCCCCAAUUUUAAGACCAAUGGGUAUUGGCUUAAAGGACAAUUUGCUCUUUCAAGCUCUUAGUGCGAAAGCACAUGGAAAGGAUGUUGGUAUUCCUGAUUGUGAGGGCGCCGCAACUGCAAAGUCCCCAUGGAAUGCACCUGAGCUAUUUGAUCUUGAAGUGGUCGAGGGUGAAACGAUAAGGGAAUGGCUGUUCUUUGACAUGCCCCGAAGAGCAUUUGAGAGUGGAAACCGAAAGCAAAGGUCAUUGCCUGAUUAUAACGGACGGGGGUGGCACGAAUCGAGAAAGCAGGUUAUGAACGAGUUUGGGGGACUGAAGAGGUCUUAUUACAUGGACCCACAGCCUAUGAAAAACCUGGAGUGGCACCUCUACGAAUACGAGAUCAACAAGUACGACACGUGUGCCCUAUACAGAUUGGAACUAAAGCUUGUGGAUGGGAAGAAGAUCCCAAAGGGAAAGGUAAGCACAGCGUCUGUUGUUGAUCUGCAAAAGCAAAUGGUUGGACUCGCGGCAGUUUAUCCUCCGGAAAACAAACAUUUCCCUGCGAAUGGUAGGACGAAAAAUGCCAACUUGAUGCCCGUUUCUGAAGGGCAUGGGUACCCUACCGCAGCACCAUAUGACUAUCUUAUUGACAGUAUGAGCGGGUACUAUUAGGGUGCAUUUGGCUUUGAUUCUUCUCUUUUGCUAAUUCUUGUUCUCGGAAUCAGCCGUUUCAGAAUUAGUUGAUUCUUGAGAAUCACUUCAUGAAAAAACAGAUUCGGAGAACCAGAAUCAGCAAUCGGUUUUUUCAGAAUCUAAAACAAAUGCAACGCUCUUGCCUGUUUCUGGGAUGAGUUUUUUUUUUUAAUUUCAGAAUUUGCAGAAAUAGCUAUAAAGCCAAAUGGCUCCAUUAAUCUAACGUGAAAUGUCAAAGCGCCGUGCGUUUCUAGUCUG